GUAAAUGCAUGUGGGCAUGUAUGUGAGUGCAUGCGUGCAUGUUAUUGACCUGAACUUUGGCCUGUUUGCAAACACAUGCAGUGGCUACAUCUCACCCACUUGACCCAGCUGACACCAUCCAGACAGACCUAGAGCCAGGGCCAGCGCUGCCAAUGCUUGUUGCUGUGCCCUCACAUCUUCCAUGCACACAUGCCCCCUAUGCCACUGAGGAAUCUUCCCCUUGCAAAGGGCUGAGUCAAGCCCCAGGGCAUGUGCGGGGAAGGGGCACCAUCACCCAGGGUUGGAGAGCUAGCAGACACGGGCUGGGAGAAAGGGGUAAAGACUCAUUUGGUCUGGGGCACAAACACUAAUGCUGAACCCAAAUGUGAGGGGGGCAGGCCUGGUUCUGGCUGCAGCCUAGUCUCUGCUCAGUGGGGGCCAAUCUCUGCACUGCAGUGGGCCUGGUAUUGCUGUCCCUCACUGCCUCGAUUCUUGGGUCUCCUCCAGCUGGACUGUGGUCCCAUGGUGUUCAUAUGCAGGGAAUGUAGAACAGCCCGGGACAGGUCUAGAAUAGCACAGAGCUGGGCCUAGGACAGGGGCUCCUUGAGCAGCCCCCCACCCCUUGCUGGCACCACCCCAAAGGGGCUGGCAUGAACUAGGGAUUGCUGCCUUUCCGGGCAGUCACACUCAUCCCCCGGGUUAACCAUUAACCCAGGGUAACCCCACACAAGGGCAGCACUGUUUGCUCCACCAGUCUCGCAGUUGGGAGCAUGGGCACCGGAGCACUGCACGUCCUUGGCCUACUGCUGCUGCUGCUGCUGGGGCCACAGCUGGCCCAGGGCAGGCCCCUGUACCUGCUGGUAGCCCCCAAUGUGCUGCGCACUGGCAGCCACGAGAUGGUUGUGGUCCAAGCCCAGGACCCAGAUGGGGGCCUGCUGCAAGAUGUGGCUCUCACCAUCCGGAUCUUUGACUUCCCUGCACGGAGGCAGCUGCUGAGUGAGGCGGCCGCAACGCUCUCCUUGACUGGCAGCUUCCUAGCCAAGGCCAUGGUGCAGGUCCCGGCCAACUACAUCUCGUCUGACCCAGCGGAGAAGCAGUACGUGGUGGUUCAGGCCCAGUCCAGCCUCUUCCUCCUGGAGAAGACCAUCCUGGUGUCCCCACACACUGGGUAUCUCUUCUUCCAGACUGACAAGGCCAUCUACACCCCUGGGCAGAGUGUGAGAUACCGGAUCCUGUCUGUCAACCAUAUGAUGGACCCACUGGAGACAACCUGUGUGAUUGCUAUCCAGAACCCCGAGGGCAUCACCCUGACCAGCAACUCCUGGCAAAUGGUGAAAGGCUUCUACACUGCCACCUUCUGGAUUCCUGAGCAGAGCACAACUGGCACCUGGAAGAUCGUGGCCUGGUUCCAGCAAUCACCUCAGCAGCCCUACAGCACUGAGUUUGAGGUCAAGGAGUAUGUGCUGCCAGCCUUUGAUGUGGAGCUGGUCCCAGACAGAAAGUUCCUCUACCUGGAUGGGAAAAGAGACAGGGAAGUGCUGACCUUCACUAUCAAUGCCAGGUGAGUGGCACUCAGUCCAGCCUGGCCUGUCCCCACCCAUGGGCACAGAACCUGGCGGAGCAGCCUGGUCAAGUAUACCAGCCCCUGCAAGCCCCAGGGGAUCCCGCUGUGCCUUGGACAUACCUGGAGAGCAUCAUGGACAGCAGGUGGGGCAGUGUUCCUAGCUCUGCCCACCUGGAAAUGCAGCUGCCUCUGGGGUGAAGCAGUUGCCCUCAUGCCAUCACCCUCUCUAUGCCUUGGUUCAUGUUCAACGAGCCCGUGGAUGGCUAUGCCCUGGCCAUCUUUGGGAUCCGCACAGAGACGCAAAGAAACUUCCUGCAGGAAUCACUGCAGAGAGUUGAUAUCACACAGGGGAUGGGGACUGCAACCCUGAUGCUGGACGUGCUUCACAAUGCCUUCAAGAACCCUGAGGAGCUUGUCGACGCCAUCAUUUUCAUUAAUGUCACUGUUUUCUCU